AUGUCUACUCAACCUGUCCUUCAAGAUGGCUAUCGUCUUCCGACCGAUGUCCGACCUAGACACUACGACGUGACGAUACGAACCGAUUUGGAACAGCUCAAAUUUGACGGUGUCGUCCAUGUAGAUCUUCAUAUUCAGAGAGAGACCUCGACAGUAGUUCUCCAUGUGAAAGAUCUGAAGUUAGGAGAUGUGGCUCUGUAUUCGGAAGCCCUCCGGGCAGAACAAACACCUUCGUCUAGCAACAUAGAUACCGUCUCAGAGCGAGCAGCAUUUGGCUUCCCCAGUCCCCUCCCCGCUGGGUCAAAGGCUCAGCUGAAAAUUGCUUUCAGCGGGGAAUUGACCUCUGGUAUGACGGGGUACUACCGUUCGACCAGCGGAGGGGAAGGGAAGCCCAAGUAUUACACUUUAACGCAGUUUGAGUCUACGUAUGCAAGAAAAGCUUUCCCCUGCUGGGACGAGCCUGCUCUAAAGGCCACGUUCGCCGUCACUCUUGUUUCGCGUGCAGAUACAGUCAAUCUGAGCAACAUGCCUGCUAUCUCUGAAACUACAGGGGAGCAUGCAAUUGCGUGGCUAUCAAAGAAAUUCGCGAGCGUUAGUGAAAAACCUGGGGAUUGGAAGAUCACACGCUUUGAGACCACUCCUCCUAUGUCCACAUAUAUAGUUGCCUUUGCAAAUGGUCACUUCGCUCAUUUAGAAAGCUCGUACACGAGUCCUCUCACUGGCAAAGUUCGCCCGCUCCGUAUCUACACUACACCAGAGGCUAUUGAUCAAGCCCACUUUGCUCUCGAGGUGAAACGGAAGGUGCUACCACUGUAUGAGCAGAUGUUCGAGAUUGAAUAUCCCCUUCCAAAGUUGGAUACUCUCGUUGCCCACGACUUUGAUUCUGGUGCUAUGGAGAAUUGGGGUUUGAUCACAGGUCGAACUACCGCCUUCUUAUUGGAUUCCAAGAAGGCUGAGUUGGCAGCCAGAAAGAGAGUCGCUACAGUUCAAAGUCAUGAAGUCGCUCACAUGUGGUUUGGAAACAUCACUACGAUGGAGUGGUGGGACAACCUGUACUUGAACGAGGGAUUCGCUUCUCUGAUGGGCGAAGUCAUUAUCUUAGACAAAGUGUUCCCAGAGUGGAAGCUAUAUACUAGCUUCAUCACUGGUGAUUUGUCGGAAGCGCUUGACUUGGACGGCAAGUUGUCAUCUCACCCUAUUGAGGUUGAAUGUUCAGAUGCCAGCAUGAUUGACCAAAUAUUUGACUCUCUUUCCUACGCCAAAGCGGCUUCAGUCCUGCGGAUGUUGUCGGACUACGUCGGGGAGGAGCGCUUCCUCAAGGGCGUGUCCAUUUAUCUCAAGAACCACUUGUAUGCGAACAGUGUAACGCGAGAUCUCUGGGAAGGUAUCCAGACCGCUACUGGCCGCGAUAUUCCCCGGAUGAUGGAUAACUGGGUCAAGAAGAUUGGUUUCCCCGUUCUGACAGUGACUGAAAUAGCGGAUGGGAUCCGCGUCCGCCAAAAUCGCUUCUUGGAAACUGGUCCCGCACCACCGAAGGACGAUGAAACCAUCUGGGUUAUUCCACUCAGUCUAUUGACCGUUUCAGAGCAGGGGGACGUGGUCGUGCAGAAGAAUAUCGUACUCGAUGAGCGCGAGAAGUUCAUUCCCAUUGAUACCAGGAAGCCUUUCAAGCUUAAUGCAGGAACAGUCGGUGUCUACCGUGUCCAUUACACUCCGGAGCGAUUGGUGAAGAUUGGUAACCAAGCAGUCAUGUUACCAUCGCCUUUCUCCGUGGAAGAUCGUAUCGGCAUAGUUAACGAUGCCUUUGCGCUUGCUAAGGCCGGGUUUGCUGAUGUUAGCAGCGCUUUGUCUCUGGUCCAGGUUCUGCGCAACGAGCAAGAGUACCUCGUCUGGGAAAGCGUUGGGCGCAAUCUCAGUGAGAUCACAUCAACUUGGUGGGAGCACCCUGAGGUCGUUGAUCCACUGAAGAAAUUGCGCCGAGAACUCUUUGUGCCUAUCGUUCAGCGUCUUGGAUAUGAGAAUGCUGAAAGCGACUCGGUCGAUACUCAGCAAUUACGGACGUUGGCAAUUGGACAUGCUGCAAGUUCAGGGGAUGAAGGAGUUGUCGAAGAGCUUACCAGCCGUUUCGCGCGCUAUCUGAGCACCGGCGACGACUCCUCCAUCCCUGCUGAUCUGAUGCGUGUCACAUAUAUAGCGGCCGUCAAGUAUGGUGGUGAGAAGGAAUGGGACGCCGUCAAGCAAAUCAUCGCCAAACCGAAGACACCAACAUCCGGCAUUGCAGCUAUCCGUGCACUUGGUGCCACGCAAGACUUCGCGCUGGCCGAGAAAACCGUCCGGUACACGUUGACGGAUGCCCGCGAUCAGGAUCUGAUGUACUACUUCUCUGGCUUUGGAGGUAACUUCAAGAUGAGGGCGUUCGGCAAGGAUGCUUUCAAAAGGCACUACGAGACUCUUCUCAAGCGACUAUCUGCCACUACAAAUUUCAGGUUUCUUGUUGAGGUUGCGUUCGGAUCCCUUUCGUCGCGCAAGGAUCAUGAUGAGACGGUGGAGUUUUUCAAGGACAAGGACACGUCGAAAUAUGAUAUGAUGCUCAAGCAGGCGCUAGAGAACAUGACCACGAAGGCUGCCUGGAUUGAUCGCUCUACUGGUGACAUUCUGAAGUGGUUGGAAGCCCGAAGCAAAGACAUCUGA